UUUUGAAAUGUCAAUGUCAUUUUCCCAUGACGACCGGUGGGGCUCCGAUUUGGCUUCUGCCGGAGAAUUCACCCAAAGCUUUCCAUCGCUGGGGGCGACUUACUCACCUUCCUGUGGUGAAGAGCUCCUCGAGGUGACCAUUGAAUUUCCAAGCGGCGUGCUAGUGAACAUCGACUCUGUUUCAACCACCGAUCCAGAAAUCACAUCUUGCUCCGCUUCCGGUUCAGGAUCGUCGGAGCGGCAGGUGGUGGCGAACGCAAAACAGUUCUCAAGGGAUUUGAAACGGAAGCUUCAGGGCAUCUCACAGCGUGAUGGCGGCGGUUAUUCGUGCCGGUCCGCGCCGGAGCCGGUGGUUCCACACGGAAGCGAAACCCCCGAUCCGCUUAUGUUAUGUCGUUCCGUAACAAAGAGACUUAACCGGAAUGGUUCAUGCACGCAGAGAGCUAUUCACGGUUUGAGAUUCAUCAGCAGCAAAGAAAACGAGAUCGCUGCCUGGAGUGAAGUUCGUGACAAGUUCGCUAACCUGUCGAAAGACGGUUAUCUUUGUCGGAGCGAUUUCGCUCGUUGCAUAGGGAUGGAAAAUGAAAAUUCGAAAGAGUUUGCAGAGGAGUUGUUCGACGCACUGUGCAGAAGAAGAAGUAUAAUGGUCGAUAAGAUCACCCUUCAAGAACUAUACGAGUUUUGGUACCAAAUUGCAGACGAAAGCUUUGAUUCUCGCCUCCAAAUCUUCUUCAACAUGGUCAACAAAAAUGGAGACGGUAGAAUCACAGAGAACGAAGUAAAAGAGAUAAUUAUAUUAAGUGCAUCGGCAAAUAAUCUAUCAAGGUUGAGAGAACGAGCAGAAGAAUAUGCAGCAUUGAUCAUGGAAGAACUGUCCCCUGAUGGGCUCCCCUCUCAGUACAUAGAGUUAAAGGAUCUAGAGAUGCUACUACUACACAAGGACACACCUCAAAGUUACAGCCAACCGUUCAGCCAAACAAGCCGAGCCUUAAGCCAAAACCUAAAGGAUAUGAGAUGGGGAAUAAGUAGGAGCUUGCUAUACUCUUUCCAAGACAAUCUGAAGAGGAUUUGGGUUUUGACACUAUGGUUAAUGAUCAUGGUCGUGUUGUUUAUGUGGAAAUGCGUUCAGUACAAACGCAAAGACGCAUUCCAUGUAAUGGGUUACUGUCUUGUCGUGGCGAAAGGCGCUGCUGAGACAUUGAAAUUCAACAUGGCUCUUAUCCUUCUACCCGUUUGCAGAAUCACCAUCACCUAUCUUAGAUCUACCGCUUUGUCCCACUCAAUGCCUUUCGAUGACAGUCUCAACUUUCACAAGACUAUCUCUAUAGCAAUCAUAAUUGGAAUGCUUAUCCAUGCAUGUAGUCACCUGGCAUGUGACUUCCCGAGGAUUAUAACAGCUACAGAUGUUGAUUACAAAAGAUACUUGGUUCAUUACUUUGGUGUGACCAGACCAACAUACUUUGACUUGGUUAAAGGUCCAGUGGGAAUCACUGGAUUUAUAAUGGUUAUAUUUAUGUUAAUUGCAUACACAUUAGCUAGUCGAAGACUCAGACGGAACCUAACUAAGUUGCCAAAACCAUUUGAUAAGCUAACUGGAUUUAAUGCUUUCUGGUAUUCACAUCACUUGCUUCUAGCUGUUUACGUCUUGUUGAUCAUUCACGGUGUUUCCCUCUUUCUCGAGCAGACAUGGUACCACCAGACGAUAUGGAUGUAUCUUGCUUGUCCAGUUUUACUCUAUGGUGGUGAAAGGAUGCUGAGAUUCUUCCGUUCCAGGCUUUACCGCGUUGAGACCUGCAAGGUUGUAAUUUACCCCGGAAACGUUAUUGUGCUACACAUGUCUAAGCCUACAUCAUUUGAGUACAAGAGUGGACAAUAUAUAUUUGUUCAGUGUCCUGCUGUAUCAAAAUUUGAGUGGCAUCCAUUUUCUAUUACAUCUUCCCCUGGAGAUGAUUACCUCAGCAUUCACAUCCGUCAGCUCGGUGAUUGGACAGAAGGGAUUAAGAAGGCGUUCUCGGUAAUAUGUCAAGCCCCUGAUGCUGGAAAAAGUGGACUACUCAGAGCAGACGGACCAAACAAAACAAGUUUGCCAGAGCUGUUGAUAGAUGGACCUUAUGGCUCUCCAGCGCAAGACCAUUGGAAGUAUGAUGUGUUAUUACUCGUUGGCCUUGGGAUAGGGGCAACCCCUUUCAUUAGCAUUUUGAGAGAUUUACUCAACAAGAUCAUUCAGCAACAUGAACAAGCUGAAGGCCCCUCGGGUAGCUGUAGUAACAGCAAUGUGUCGUCGGAUCAAAGUUUCAGUUGCUUAAACUCAGAACCUGGGAAUAGGAUUUCAACAAAUCGAACGGGAAUGUUGAAUACCAAGAACGCUUACUUUUACUGGGUAACACGUGAACAGGGCUCGUUCGAUUGGUUUAGACAAAUCAUGAGCGAAAUUGCUGACUCUGAUAUAAAGGGUGUUAUUGAGAUGCACAACUACUUGACGAGUAUGUACGACGUUGGAGAUGCUCGAACUACUCUUCUCACCAUGAUCCAAACGUUACACCACGCCAAAAAUGGCGUUGACAUGUUUUCUGGAACCAAGGUACGAACACACUUUGGGAGGCCGAAAUGGAAGAAGGUUUUGUCAAAGAUUAGCACCAAACAUAAGAAUGCAAGAAUCGGAGUGUUCUAUUGUGGAGGACCGAGUUUAGGGAAGGAACUCUCCACAUUGUGCCAUGAAUUUAAUCAAACGGGACGUUCCAGGUUCGAGUUCCACAAAGAACAGUUUUAAGGGUAAAAAUGAUAUGCACGGCUCCUCUACGAAUGUGGCUUUUGAAUCAAUCGAAUCAAGUAUAUUGGUACAUGUAAAAUUAAAGUUCAUGAUUAUUUCUUCGCUUCAUUCAUACAACAUUCUUGUUCUUCUUUUUUUUGGGUACAUUUAACUUUUAGCCAAUUCAUGAAGAAUAAGAUGUAACAUCCCGAUUUCUUGUAUACGUGAAAAUCUUUAAAAAAUUGAUUUGACUAUCUAUAUCAACAAAGUUGACUUAGUUUUUCAGUCACACAUCCGUUUAGAACUCCAGGGUUAAGCGUGUUUGGGCUGGAGUAGUGAAAGAAUGAGUGACCUAUGAAGAAGUGAUUCACGAUACUGUGUGAAUGAGACCAAAGUACGGAGAAAAGUCGGAUGGUGAUUGCAGGGUCAGUAAACAAAACUUUCGGACCUUAAAAAAAUUAACGCACCGCCUGUCGUACAGGAUUGGACCCACAGGCCGAGAAAGCAGGCAUGGGUGUCUUAUUAGCCGUGGACGGUCGGAGCGUUGCAUAAGAAUCUAAAACAAAGGGUGAAAAGAGUACAUAAAGUUAAGGUCUA